UCCGGCGCUGUCUCUCUCCGCAACCCUUCAGUGUCUCUCCCUCUAUUUCUAAACCCUAGAAAAUCAUCUCACUUCAAUUGAGCUUGCUAGGGUUUAGGCACUCCCGAUCAAUCUCCAUCUCUCGAUUCUCCAUCUUCAAGUGACGUUGUUUUCGAUUUCUAUUUUCUCUCAUGGAUCUCCCCAGCCUCGCUGUCAUUCUCCAAGCCGCUCUCAGUCCCAAUCCCGAUCAGUUAAAGGCCGCCGAAGAGUCUCUCAAUCAGUUCCAGUAUACUCCACAGCAUCUGGUGAGGUUAUUGCAAAUCAUUGUGGAUGGGAAUUGUGAUAUGGCUGUAAGACAGGUUGCUAGUAUUCAUUUCAAGAACUUUAUUGCAAAGAACUGGUCACCUCAUGAGCCUGACGAGCAACAGAAGAUAUCACAGAGUGAUAAAGAAAUGGUGAGGGAUAACAUUCUUGUGUAUGUUGCCCAGGUGCCCCCCUUGUUGAGGGCACAACUAGGUGAGUGUCUCAAGACAAUUGUCCAUGCUGAUUACCCUGAGCAGUGGCCCAGGCUUUUGGACUGGGUAAAGCAUAACUUGCAAGAUCAGCAAGUAUAUGGAGCUUUGUUUGUAUUGCGGAUUCUUUCUAGAAAAUAUGAGUUUAAGUCAGAUGAAGAAAGGACACCAGUUCAUCGCAUUGUUGAGGAGACAUUUCCUCAUCUGCUCGGUAUCUUUAACAGGCUUGUCCAGAUUGUCAACCCUCCACUGGAAGUAGCAGAGUUGAUCAAGCUUAUCUGUAAAAUUUUCUGGUCAUCCAUUUAUUUGGAGAUUCCAAAGCAGCUGUUCGAUCCCAAUGUAUUCAACUCUUGGAUGAUUCUUUUCUUGAAUGUUCUGGAGAGGCCUGUUCCUUUAGAAGGCCAGCCCGCAGAUCCAGAGCUUAGGAAAUCCUGGGGAUGGUGGAAGGUGAAGAAAUGGACAGUUCAUAUUUUAAAUAGGCUGUACACCCGGUUUGGAGACUUGAAACUUCAAAACCCUGAAAACAGAGCUUUUGCCCAAAUGUUUCAGAAGAAUUUUGCAGGGAAGAUUUUGGAGUGCCACUUAAAUUUGUUGAAUGUGAUCCGUAUGGGUGGUUAUUUACCUGACAGAGUUAUUAACCUUAUUCUGCAAUACCUAAGCAACAGGUUUGUGCAACAUGGUUCAUAUAUCUCAAAGAUGAGUAUGUAUCAGUUGCUGCAACCACGGCUCGAUGUUCUUCUCUUUGAGAUAGUUUUUCCCCUUAUGUGCUUUAAUGACAAUGAUCAAAAGCUUUGGGAUGAAGAUCCACAUGAGUAUGUAAGGAAGGGUUAUGAUAUCAUUGAAGAUUUGUAUAGUCCUAGGACUGCUGCCAUGGAUUUUGUGAGUGAGUUGGUUAGAAAACGCGCAAAAGAGAACCUUCAUAAGUUUAUUCAAUUUAUCGUAGAAAUCUUUAAAAGGUAUGAUGAGGCCUCACUGGAAUAUAAAGCCUAUCGGCAGAAAGAUGGUGCACUUCUUGCUAUUGGAGCCCUUUGUGAUAAGCUGAAACAGACAGAACCCUACAAGUCUGAGCUUGAGCAUAUGUUGGUGCAACAUGUUUUCCCUGAGUUCAGCAGUCCUGUUGGCCAUCUUAGAGCCAAGGCUGCAUGGGUUGCGGGACAAUAUGCCCACAUUAAUUUCUCAGAUCAGAAUAAUUUCCGGAAAGCGCUGCAUAGUGUUGUUUCUGGGUUGCGCGAUCCUGAACUUCCAGUUCGUGUUGAUUCAGUGUUUGCAUUGCGUUCUUUUGUUGAAGCAUGCAAAGAUUUGAAUGAGAUCCGUCCAAUUCUUCCUCAACUUCUUGAUGAGUUUUUCAAACUUAUGAAUGAGGUUGAGAACGAGGAUCUCGUGUUUACACUUGAGACAAUUGUCGACAAGUUUGGGGAGGAGAUGGCACCUUAUGCUCUUGGAUUAUGCCAGAAUUUGGCUGCUGCAUUUUGGAGGUGUAUGAACACUGCUGAAGCUGACGAUGAAGCUGAUGAUCCUGGUGCUUUGGCUGCAGUUGGUUGUUUGCGUGCUAUAAGCACAAUUCUUGAAUCAGUGAGCAGGCUUCCUCACCUUUUUGUGCAGAUCGAGCCAACACUGCUUCCUAUAAUGCGUCGGAUGUUGACAACUGAUGGCCAAGAGGUUUUUGAAGAGGUUUUGGAAAUUGUAUCAUAUAUGACAUUUUUUUCUCCGACAAUUUCCUUGGAAAUGUGGAGCCUUUGGCCUUUGAUGAUGGAAGCACUGGCAGAUUGGGCAAUCGAUUUUUUUCCCAAUAUUCUGGUUCCAUUGGACAACUAUAUAUCCCGAAGUACUGCUCAUUUUCUCACAUGCAAGGAUCCAAACUAUCAGCAAAGCCUUUGGGAUAUGAUUUCAACAAUCAUGCCAGAUAGAAAUAUGGAGGAUAGUGAUAUUGAACCCGCUCCUAAGCUCAUUGAAGUAGUGUUUCAGAAUUGCAGAGGUCAGGUAGAUCAAUGGGUUGAGCCAUAUCUCAGAAUCACAGUUGAGCGGUUGCGUCGAGCAGAGAAGCCAUACUUGAAAUGUCUACUCAUUCAAGUGAUUGCAGAUGCUCUCUACUACAAUGCAGCCUUGACUCUCAGCAUAUUGCACAAGUUAGGUGUUGCCACAGAAAUUUUUGGCCUUUGGUUCCAGAUGUUGCAGCAAGUUAAAAAGAGCGGUGUUCGGGCAAAUUUCAAGAGGGAACAUGAUAAAAAAGUUUGCUGCCUGGGGUUAACAUCACUGCUUGCACUUCCAGCUGAUCAGCUGCCAGGGGAGGCCUUGGGACGUAUUUUCAGGGCCACUCUUGAUCUACUAGUUGCAUACAAGGAUCAAGUGGCAGAAGCUGCAAAGGAGGAAGAGGCCGAAGACGAUGAUGAUGAUAUGGAUGGUUUCCAAACAGAUGAUGAAGAUGAAGAUGGUGAUGGUUCUGACAAAGAAAUGGGAUUUGAUGCGGAGGAUGGGGAUGAAGCUGACAGUAUUAGACUUCAGAAGUUAGCAGCACAGGCAAAGGACCUUCGCCCAAAUGAUGAGGACGAUGAUGACUCGGAUAAUGAUUACAGUGAUGAUGAAGAGUUGCAAUCACCUAUUGAUGAGGUGGACCCUUUCAUUUUCUUCGUGGAUACUGUCAAAGCCAUGCAAGCAUCAGAUCCAUUGAGGCUCCAGAACCUUACACAGACGCUUGACUUCCAUUAUCAAGCACUUGCUAAUGGUGUUGCCCAGCAUGCUGAACAGAGGCGGGUAGAGAUUGAAAAGGAAAAAAUGGAGAAGGCAUCAGCUGGGGGUGCCUCAUGAUCCAAUUUUCAGGACAGUGUGGUGGCUUGACAUUAGCUUUGCUGUCCCUGUUGUUUGUUUAUUCCAUUCAUCUAGUAAUGGUUUCAGGAUACCAAGAAGUAGUUGCAAGUUCUGUUGGAGCUCUUGGUUGGUCCAAUGGUCAUGGAGGUCAACGAGUCAUGAAGGUUCUCCAAGUUCAAAGUUUGUUGUGGAGUAAAAAUGGAUUAGGGAACAAUGGAGCUCCCGAAAUUCUCCAAUUGAGGAUUCAAGCAAAGUCAUGUCCGAGUGAGUCUGGCUAUUCGCCUUUCUGCACCAGUUUGUGUUGUCAUUUCCCCCCUUUUUUUUUGCCCCUUUUUCCUUUUUUGAGUCUCCUGUAGGUUAGUCUCCUUUUCUUUGGGCUGAAUUAUCCCUUUCCCAGGGGUAUCUAUUCAUUCAUAAACCCUUGAGGCUGUUUACGUGGGUGAGAGCAGUGAGGGUUUCAUGCAUACAGGGCUUAUAAGAUGUCUUUUGUAAUCAAUCUUUUUUUCUCUGGAUAGAGGGCAUGGUGUGCAGUGUUUGAUGGCUGUAAUGAUAAUUUUUGGUGAAGAGUGGUCUCCAAUUUUUAUCAUUUUUUUUUUCUUUUUCUUUUUGGGCCGGAGUAUAGUCGAUAUUUAUGGGGUAGUUUCUGAAUUAUUGGGCCAACUCGGGGUUGGGAGUUUUGAGCACAGUGCGAGGAGCUUCUAAGGGGUAGCUCCCUGCUGGAUGUAAAACAGUCUAUUCUUUAAAUCAUGUGGACAAUUUAUGGGAAUUAUUGGUUUUCCUUUUUGCCUUUUA